AUGGUUAUGAUGAUGAUGACGAAGGCGAUGGCGACUGAUUGGGGAACGUGGGAGGAGCUUCUCCUCGGCGGCGCCGUCCUCCGUCAUGGUACCGGUGACUGGUCCGUCGUCGCCGACGAACUCCGUUCUCAUUCUCUCCCUCUGAUUUUCACACCUGAGAUAUGUCAAGCCAAGUACAAGGACUUGCGAGAACGUUAUUUGGGAUGCAAAACUUGGUUCGAUGAGCUCAAGAAGAAGCGAAUGGCUGAGCUUAAGGCAGCUUUGCUUAAAUCCGACGACUCCAUUGGGUCGUUGGAAUCAAAGCUUCAGAGUCUGAAAUCAGAAAGCAACGAUCAUGAAUGUAAUAAUAAAAACAGUUAUGAUUCAAGCCGAACGGUAUCGCUCGAACCAUCACCUAAAUCCGAAGGCGGAGGAGAAUGUACAAGCAAAGAUACAUCCAAAGACUUGUCAUCAGCUGGUAGCUUCACACAACAGGAGCUCACAACAAAAACAACAACAACAAACUGGUCACCAGAAGCUAUUAAGUCAGAAGAAGCUCCAGCGAUGGUAAUAAUAAAAGAGGAAGAGAAGAUCAAGAACCUGUUGCUCGGCGACAUUUUUGUAGUAGGAGGACAAGUGCUUCCGAGUAUGAGGAAGAAACGAGGCAAGAGAAAGCGAAAAGAUUGUAGUGGAAGUAGUACUAAAGAAGUGACUGAAGUCAGCGCAAUGGAAGAAAGCGAUCUGCUGGAUUCUUCCACUGCGGAUGUUGCUACCAUCUCUAGGAGUAAAGAGAGUAAAGAAGCUUCUUCCUCUAGCAUUAGUCGAAUUCGAGGUCACGGUUUGGCUUCACCCGAAGAGCUUAUGAAGAUAUACAACACUAUCUCACAGAACGAAUGUGCCCUAGUCUUCAGGAGACGCCUUGACAGUCAAAAAAGGGGAAGAUACAAGAAACUGGUGAGGAGGCAUAUGGAUUUAGACACUGUGAAAGCAAGAAUCAACGGUUGUUUGAUAUCAUCAGCGAAAGAGCUCUUCAUGGACUUUCUUCUUGUGGCGAACAAUGCAGCCAUUUUCUACUCCAAGAACACUCGUGAGCACAAAUCUGCUGUCUUUCUUAGAGACAUUGUCACCAAGUCUCUGAAACACUACUUGAGAGAAGAUCAGCAUCCUCCUCAUCGAAGCAGUAGCGUUACUACAAGCACAAAGGUUCCGGUUCUUCCUUCGACGUCUACUUCUCCUGCUGUCCGAACGAGCCAGGCAGCUAAAAAACCAAGAACUGGUGCACACCCUCUUAAAAAAGUUGAGCAAGAUAUGGUGAAGACUUCAAGCGGAGGUAGGAAGAGGUUUAUUGCGGAUUUACCUGCUGUGAAAACUGCGGCGACGGGGAAGAAAGGAGCGGCGGUGGAGAGGAGAAGGGACUGUAGACAAGCGGCAGCGCCUGCGGUGGCUGGGAGAAAGAGGAACCGGGUGAGAUGA